CGUUACUUUAGAGUCCCAGAGCCUCCAAGGAGAGAAAGACCCACUGCUGACGGAGAGGAAGGACUUCAGCCCAACAGGACCGGAACCAGCCCCAAAACCCUCCGAGAACUGGACCGAACGGAACCCGAACAGAACCGAGAGCCGGUUCUGUUCUGAACUUUGGGCUGCUGUUAUCUUCAGCAGGAACGCAGAGGAAUGGGUCGGCCGAGGAAGAAACCCUCCUGUGGGUGUUCGAAGUGAAACCGACCCGAGGGAGGAAGAGGAGCGGUGAGGGAGAAGAAUCGGUUCCGAACCGGAGGACAAGAUGAAGAUAAGAGGAAGAGGAGGAGCGGCGCUGCUGGAACUUUGCGGGAUUCUGCUGCUGCUGACCGGAAGCUGUCACUGCGGAGACUCUCAGCAGACCGAGCAUCUGGCCUCAUACCAGCUGACUGCUCCUCGGCCAAUUGGAGGCCGGCUGAGGCGGGACGCUGAGGGCAGGCCGCCCAAUCAGGUCUCCUUCAUCAUCCCAGUGGAUGGAAACGAUCUCCUCGUCCAUCUGCAGAGAAACGAGGUCCUGCUGCCUCCAGAUUUCACCGUCUUCACCUACGGCCCAAACGGAUCCCUGAUCACAUCCAGACCACCCGUCCAGAACCACUGCCAGUACCAGGGCUUCGUUCAGGACAUGGAAGGCUCUGCUGUGGCCAUGAGCGUCUGCGGCGGCCUCAGAGGAGUGAUGCAUCUCACCAACGACAGCUACGGCAUCGAGCCGCUAGACUCCGCCCCUGAGCACCACCUGCUCUACCGCCUGCAGGAUGUGACAUCACAGCCCCGGGGAUGUGCAACGCCUCACUACGGGCACGGUGGUGCUACGGAGCAUGCUCAGUACGACCCGGAGGAGAUCCAGCACCACCGGCGCAGCAGGGUAAAGAGAGCCGUUCUCCACAAGACUCACUAUGUGGAGCUGCUGCUGGUGGUCGACAACGACAGGUUUAAACACAUGAAUGGAAAUGAGACGGCGGUCAGAGAGCAGAUGGUUCAUCUGGCAAACCUUAUAGACGGCAUCUACAUGCAGCUGAACGUCCGGGUGGUUCUGGUCGGUCUGGACAUCUGGACCAAGCAGAACCUGAUCAACACGGAGGGCGGAGCCGGUGAGGUGCUGAGCCGCUUCACCCAGUGGAGGGAGAAGGAGCUGGUUCCCCGGCAGCGCCACGACUCGGCCCAGCUCAUCCUGAUGAAGAAUUUUGGUGUAACAGCAGGAAUGGCAUUUGUCUCCACCGUCUGCUCCAGAAGUCACGGAGGAGGAAUCAACGCGUUCCUGAACAACAACGUCGCGGCCUUCGCCUCCAUCGUGGCUCAUGAACUCGGACACAACCUGGGGAUGAACCACGACGACGGGCGGACCUGCAGCUGCCCCGCCGCCGCCUGCAUCAUGCACUCCGGAGCCACAGGAUCCAGAAACUUCAGCAGCUGCAGCGCCGACGACUUUGAGAAGAUGAUGCUGUCGACGGGAGGGACGUGUCUCUUGAAUGUCCCCCGGCCCGACGAGGCCUACAGCGCCCCCUACUGUGGAAACAGGCUGGUGGACGUCGGAGAGGAGUGCGACUGUGGAUCAGAGAAGGAGUGUGAGGAGGACCCCUGCUGUGAGUAUCGGACCUGUAAGCUGAAGCCUGGGGCUCAGUGUGCGUCUGGAGAGUGCUGCUCCGGCUGUCAGUUCCUCCCUGGAGGAACGGUGUGCCGCUCCAAGAAGGACCAGGAGUGUGAUCUGCCGGAGUACUGCAACGGCUCCACCUCCUUCUGUCAGAGCGACGUCUUCGUCCAGAACGGGCAUCCCUGCCGCAACCAGCAGGCCUACUGCUACAACGGGAGGUGCCAGCACCUGGACGGACAGUGCCAGGCCCUGUUUGGACCCAAGGCAACGGCCGCUCCUGACAUCUGCUUCAAAGACGUCAACAGCAAAGGAGAUCGCUUCGGCAACUGUGGCUACCAGCACUACGGCUACAAGAAGUGUGAGAGCAGAAACGCUCAGUGCGGGAAGCUGCAGUGCCUGAACGUGAAGGGGGGCACGGUGUUCGGCAUCCUGCCGUCCAUCAUCACCACUCCGAUACACGGAGCCACCUGCUUCGGGGUCGACUUCAUGCUGGGAUCCGACGUUCCCGACCCAGGAAUGGUGAACGAAGGGACCAAGUGUGGAGACAACAAGGUGUGUAUGAACUUUGAGUGUCGCAGCGCGGACGUCCUGAGCUAUGACUGUGAUGUGGAGACAAAGUGCCACGGACACGGGGUGUGUAACAGCAACAGGAACUGCCACUGCGACUACAGCUGGGCGCCGCCGUCCUGCAAGCUGUCGGGAUACGGCGGCAGCGUGGACAGCGGACCCACAUGGAACGAUAAGGACACGUCUCUCAGGGACGGCCUCCUCGUCUUCUUCCUCCUCGUCCUUCCUCUGCUGGCUCUGGGAGUGUUUCUCUUCCUGCGCCGCAAUGAGCUGCUGCGGCGCCUUGGACUGAGCCGCAGGAAGAGGUCGCAGGGAUACCAGGCCGACGGAGCGACUUCGACUAAACCGACCAAUCCUGGCAGAGCUCCGCCUCCCAGAACGCAGCCGCCCCCUGCUGGCCACGGCACGGCAAACUUCAUCGUCAGGGACGGGCAUCACACUCAGCUGCUGCCGCCGCCGCAGGCGGUGGGGACCAGUGAGACCAGUGAGACCAGUGAGACCAGUGAGAGAGCUCCGCCCUUCGCUGCAAGGCCGCCACCGCCUCCUCUAAAACCGAAACCUUUUGCUGCAUCUCAGCCUCUGGUGCCUCAAAGACCCGCCCCCGCUCCGCCUGUUUAGCCAAUCAGGAGCUUCCUCUCGACUCCGCCCUCCUCCUCUUCCUCCUGACCUUCAGUCUGCUCUCUCUGGUUCCUUAGCAACCCCCAGGGAGGGAUCAAUGAGGCCGACCUUGAGGUGCUGCCGGACUUGGACUAGGCCAAAAGGACGGACUUGGACUGGGUCGCAGCAGAACUGAACCGAAGCAGCUCUUUCUUUUCUUCACCUUAACUUGGUCAGGUGACCUCUGCUGUAGCCAAACCAGCCAAUCAGAUUGCAGAGCAUAAAAUAGCAGCUAAACAAACACAGUUUCUGUUCAUAAAGGGGUUACUGGAGCAGAAACAAUGCUGAGUUCACUCACUGCCACACGGAGCAGUUACAUUCAGAUUCUACUGGGGCUUUUACCUGGGCUCCCAGUUUUACCAGUUACAUGAUGAUAAACCUUAGCAGGAAACACUGGCCCAGCUCUGCUGCAAUUUUAUGAUGCAAUAAAAUUAUAUCAUAUUCCUAAGUUUUACAUAGCAAAUUAUGUAUACCCAUAAAAUACUAAUAUGUAAUUCCCUUCAACUGCUGAGCUGUUAGCCUGUAAGCUAACAAUUCAUAAACUGACUGCUAAUAUAGCAACUUAUAGCCAUGAUAUUUAUAUCGUUAAAUAUGGACAGAAAAAAUGUUUCUAACUUUCUAAUCAUUCUCUGAAAUUCUUAAAAUAUCCUGGGUGUUAGCAGGUGAUGCUAACAUUAGCAUGCUAUGUUAGAAUACUCCAGACUAAGCAGCAGUGUUUUUAAUCAAACCAUUUAAAACUUUUAUAUAAUGUUUCCAUUACUACUAAUAUAUAUUAUUAAAAGCAUACGAACUCAGUAAUACUUACAAUCCUGUCAGAAAACCACUGCAUCUGUCUAGUUAGUAUUAGCAUGCUAACAUUAGCAUCUUCUGUUACAGCAGCAGUGAAUUAGACUUGAUGACAAAAGUUUCAAACACUGUUUCAGUGCUUCAUUGAUAUUUAUGAUCAACAAUUGUGUAUUGUGUCUUAAUUCUAUCAAUAAUCUUUAAAAUAUCAGAAAACAACAAUUAUGUUAGCAUAAGAUUAGCAUCUUCUAUUCCGCUGGCAGUGAAUUAGAAAAGAUGAAAAAGUUUCAGUGCUUCCAUUAGCGUGUGUUUUUAACAAUAAUGAAUAAUCUAUUAAUCCAAUCAAUAAUCUUUAAUUAUUGUGGAUUUCUUUAUCUGAAAACCACAAUUAUCUGAGGACUUAGUGUUAGCAUGCUAACAUUAGCUCUUCAGUGCAUGAAGAAUUAGUGGCAUUUGCAAUAUCUGUAGUUUUUUGUCAUGUUUUAAAUUUGUCAGAAAACACCAGAAGGUGUGAAUCUUAAGGGUUACUAUGCUAACAUUAGCGAUACUGCAGCCAUAUUACUGGACCUUCUGUAAUUCUCUACAUCACACAGUAAAAGAGAUGUUCAAUAAAAAGGAGCAUGACAUCUUACCAGUAAAAAGAAGGUAGCCUUGCUCUGAUUGGCUGGUUUGUGUUGCAGGGGGUGGAGCCUUCACCUGGUUUCUGUAAUCUUUUCUAGUUAAAGAUAGUGUGUUGAACUGCAGCUCCACUCAGCACUGUCAUAGGAAUGUAACGCACCCUACAGGCGCCGUGUGGAGGUGCGUUUAGUUUCCGCACCCUAGCCCCGCCUGGCUCUCUCAAUAUUCUCCCAGUAUGCAACACGAGGAGCUCAGGGCGGCUCAGACUUUUGGGUUUCCAUGUGUGGUACGCGGCGUCUGCACGAUUUAUAAAGUUUGAUCUCUAAGGAAACGAACAUCAGUCUCUACAAACCAGGAACGUUUACUGCAGCAGCGAACAAAAUGUGUCUGCAGCGCUGCACUGACUGAACCCGGACCCAGACCCGGGCCUGGACAUGGACACGGACCUGGACCUGGACCUGGAUCUGGAACUGGACCUGGAUCUGGAACUGGAACUGGACCUGGACAUGGACACGGACCUGGACCUGGACCUGGAACUGGACAUGGACCUGGACCUGGCAGACUCUCCCUGCUCUUCUUUGCACAGAACCCUGAGGACUCUGCGUUAGGGCUAGCUAACUUUGUGCCAACUGACUCCUGGAUGCCAAACCGAGACGUGAGGCGGGCAGAAGCAUCGGGUCGGCGCCGGCCGGUCGGCGAGGAGGAAACAAAGCAGAUCUCAUGCUGAGGCUCAAGCCAUCUGAAGGCUCUGACAUCAUGGCCGCCUCCAGUUCAACUCUUCACAAAGAAACACAACAACUCUUCCUGACCCCUCCACCACUAGAACAAGAUUUCCUCGUGAAAAGCUAGAAGCUGAUAGUUUUCUAAUCAUUAUUUCUCCUCUGUCAUUUCAGUACGGCAGCCAAAAAGGAACAAAUCUACCUUGGGCUCUUAAUCAGAUUUUCUACAGAUAAUUUUGACCUGUAGUUUAUUUUUCACCUCUGGUUUGAUGCUGAUUCUACGUACAUUUUACUAGAUGUCUCUGCGUUUCACAGAAUGCUGCACAGCUUCUGCUGAAAGGUUCGUUCCGUCCGAAUCCUCUGAUCCAGGUUGGAUCCAUGUCCAGAAUUAAAUAUAAAAAAUAUAAAACAUUACUCAGAGACAUUAUCAAAACAUCAGCUGAAAAUACACGUUUCUUUCUUUGGUAAUUUCCAGCGGCGGACACAUCUCUGCUAAUGCGCUAGCACGCUAACAGCAGAGCUAAUAUUUCAUCCUCUUUUAGCUAUUGCUAACUUUGAAAACAUUUAGCAUAUUUAGCUUCCCCUAAAUUAAUUUGUCCAUAUAAACUCUAAAGCACUGAUUUACUUGGCUGUUUUGUAAAGUUUCAAUUGAAUAAAAUUUGAUACCUAUGA